GUCUUUAUUGUGUGUUUUUUUUUAUAUAUACUUUUGAGAUUUUAUCGAAUAUUCAACUCAUAAAUAGGCUCCAAAAACAUCAAAAAAAAAUUAAUCUGAAAAUUGGGUAAGAAAUUCUAGCACUAAAAGGUUUGUGUUUUAAUUAAUUUUACAUGGGAUUUUGUGUUUUUUUUUUCUCAAUUACCUUUCUCGUAUCAAAAUACAGUGAUGUUCAUUUCAUUAUCUUUAGAUGUUGGAGAAAUAUGUGUCCUUUAUAAAAAUUAAAAUUAAAUUGGAACUUAUAGUUGACAAAAUAGAUAUAGAAUAUUGAAAUCGUAAUUUGUGGAUCGCAAAGCCGCAGACGCAAGAGAGCUUAAGGACAAGAAAGAUGGUGGAAAGUAUGAUUAGAGCUUUUAUGAGAUUGAGAUAAACUUAAUUUGGGAUGUUUUCUUGAAUGACCGAAAGUUGUCGAUGAUCAUUGAUCCCACUGUCAACUAUAAAGUAUGAUUAGUGUGGUGCAGAGGAGAUAUGUUGAUGUUAGGGGUUGAUUGGGAAGUCAACGCCUAAAUACAAUUGUUAAUGGCGGUAGAAAGUAGUAUUAAGGAACAUGAUGACAUGUCUAAUUUCUUAUAUCUAUACUUUGUGUUUAUUUCUUUUUGUUUUAUAGAAUAUUGUACUCUUUAUUUAUCUCUUUUACUAGAUGUAUGCAUAUUUAAUCAUGAUCUUUUAAUUUGCAUUGUUUUCAAUUGUUAAAUAGUAAUGGCUCGCAUUCCUUUAAGUAAACAAAAGAAGAUUGCAGCGACUUGUAUUGUGAUAUAUAGGCAGAUUAUGGUCAUGGUUAUGGAGAUAAUACUUCAUCUCAUGUAUCUUCUUUCCAUUACAAACAUUAAAAUUCCUAAGCCUAUAUCAUUUGUGUUUGAUGAUUCACUUAAAGAGCGAUUGACUGCUAGAGCUCUAAAUAUUAGGCCAAUGAUCCAAGAAAGUGACAUAGCAUGCUUGGAUAACCUUAGAAUGGACAGGGUUUGUUUUUAUAAGUUAUGUGAGAUGGUUAGAGAGGUUGGUAAAUUGCAAGGAAAUAGGAAUACAAGUUUGGAAGAAAUGGCAGCUUUAUUUCUCUUCACGCUUUCUCAUGAUACAAAAAAUCGAAGAACUCAAUUACACUUUAGAAGAAGUGGCGAAACUGUUUCAAGGCAUUUCAAUUUAGUAUUACAAGCUCUUCUUAGAUGUCAUCAUAUCUAGCUGAAAAAGCCUACAGUAGUGACAGAAAACUAUCAAGAUGAUAGGUGGAAAUGGUUUAAAGUAAGUUUACUUUGCCAUACAAAAUAACUAUUUUCAAAAUUGUUAAUUUGCAGAUUUGGUUCAUUAAUAUAUGGAUGGUUCUUCUUUUUUUUCCCCUUUGUAGAAUUGCUUAGGUGCUUUGGAUGGAACACACAUUAAGGUUCGUGUAGGGGAUAAGGAUAAAGUUAGGUUCAGAAACAGAAAAGGAGAUCUAUUACUACAAAUGUCUUAGCUGCUUGUACGCGGGAUAUGCAAUUUAUAUAUUUAUUACCUGGUGGGGAGGGUUUGGCACAUGAUAAUAGAGUACUUUGUGAUGCCUUGUUUAUACAAAAUCCAUUAAGAGUUCCUCAAGGUAACUAUUAUUUAUGUGAUGCUGGAUACAUGAACUGUGAGGGUUUUUUGACGCCAUUUAGAGGCCAAAGAUACCAUUUGAGUAUUUGGAAACGUGGUUCUCUUCCUUCAUCAGCUGAAGAGUAUUACAAUAUGAAGCAUUCUCAAGCAAGGAACGUGAUUGAGAGAUGUUUUGGGUUACUAAAAAUGAGAUGGGGUAUCCUAAGACAUACAACUUGGUAUCAUCGAAAGACAGUUAGUCGAAUUAUCUUGGCUUGUGAUCUUGUGCAUAACUUCAUUCGAACAUAUAUGUCUGUUGAUCCUAUGGAGUCUCUGCUUGUUGAUAACAUGGAAGACAAUGAUGGUGAUAAUAUUGAAAUCAUGGAAACAAGUGCAACAUGGAAUGCUUUUAGACAGGAGCUAGCAAAUGAGAUGUAUAACACAUGGAUUCAAACUAGAAACCCUUGAUUAUAUUUGCUUUGAAAUCUUUUUUGUACUUCCAAGUGUACUACUUGUAAUGGAUGACUAUAUUUUGGCAUAUGUAGUGAAUGCUUUGUUUUGCAUACUUUUGAUGUUAUUGACCAUAUAUGUAUAUAUAUAUAUAAACAUUUCUCUCUACAAUAUUUCCAUUGACAUUUGUACAUGUUCUGUACUUGUUGCAUUUUAUU